CCUAGCUGCGGUCAAACUGUUCGCAUAGCGUCAUUGCUGUACUAAAACCUAAAAAUCCGCCGUGUUCGUAUUCCGCCAUUUUGAAAGCUGCGAGUGGAAUUUGGACGCGUUGCUGGAUUCUCGAUUUCAAUAUGAAGCGCCAAAAAUGAUUGCAGCGUUUGCAUCGUAGUCUUGAAAAGGUUUUUUUCAUUGAUUUAAUUAGAGCCACUGAAAGCGGUUGGCCAGCCAAGAAAAAAAAGCGAGUAACCAGGCAAAUUAAAAAAGGGAUUCCUCGCCAGCUUGCGCCCAGCGCCCAUUUAACAAGGUAAUCACUGACAGAGAAUCAAAAGGAAUCACAACCGGAAAAGGCCAAAAGGAAAAUUUGUUGAGACGACGACGACGACGACGAAGACGACGAGCAGAGGACAGUAGACACAUAUAUAAACAGCAAAAUGGACAAAAAUCUGAUGAUGCCGAAGCGUUCGCGGAUCGAUGUGAAGGGCAGCUUUGCCAACGGACCGCUGCAAGCACGCCCACUGGUGGCCCUGCUCGAUGGACGCGACUGCUCCAUCGAGAUGCCCAUCCUGAAGGAUGUGGCCACGGUAGCCUUCUGCGAUGCACAGAGCACCUCCGAAAUACACGAGAAGGUUCUCAACGAGGCAGUGGGAGCUCUUAUGUGGCACACCAUCAUCUUGACAAAGGAGGAUCUUGAGAAGUUCAAAGCUUUACGCAUUAUCGUGCGCAUCGGCAGCGGCACAGACAACAUUGAUGUAAAGGCGGCGGGCGAACUGGGCAUCGCUGUGUGCAAUGUACCCGGCUAUGGAGUCGAGGAGGUGGCGGACACGACGAUGUGCCUGAUCCUCAACCUUUACCGGCGGACGUAUUGGCUAGCGAAUAUGGUGCGCGAGGGCAAAAAGUUCACCGGACCCGAGCAAGUGCGGGAGGCAGCGCAUGGCUGUGCACGCAUCCGCGGCGACACCUUGGGCCUGGUGGGACUGGGCCGCAUUGGAAGCGCGGUGGCAUUGCGGGCAAAGGCGUUUGGCUUCAACGUCAUCUUCUACGAUCCCUACCUGCCCGACGGCAUCGACAAGUCGCUGGGCCUCACACGCGUCUACACGCUGCAGGACCUGCUUUUCCAGUCCGACUGCGUCUCACUGCAUUGCACGCUCAAUGAGCACAACCAUCAUUUAAUCAAUGAAUUCACAAUUAAACAGAUGCGACCUGGUGCAUUUCUGGUGAACACCGCCCGCGGCGGUCUGGUCGAUGACGAGACCCUGGCGUUGGCGCUGAAGCAGGGAAGGAUAAGAGCUGCCGCCCUGGACGUUCACGAAAACGAACCUUACAAUGGAGCACUGAAGGAUGCCCCAAAUCUGAUUUGCACACCGCACGCCGCCUUCUUCAGUGACGCGUCCGCCACGGAGCUGCGCGAAAUGGCAGCCACCGAGAUCCGGCGGGCGAUCGUCGGCAAUAUUCCAGACGUGCUGAGGAACUGCGUCAACAAGGAGUACUUCAUGCGCACGCCGCCUGCCGCUGCCGCCGGGGGCGUGGCGGCGGCUGUUUAUCCCGAAGGUAAACUACAAAUGAUAUCAAAUCAAGAAAAGUAGAGAGACAGAGACAGGCGAGCGAGAGGGAGCGUUAUUACAAGUAAAAAAAAAACAAAACAAAAUCGAAAAAAAAAACAUAAGAAAUCAACCAACAAAAUCCAAGCAAAAAUACAAAAUACCAGAAAUCGUUUAAACACACAUAUUUUUACACACACGCACACACACACCAUACCAUACCACACCCACACAAGCACACGCACACAGAUGUAGCAAGCAUCCAAAACAUACUUCUAUUCUUUCUCUGACUCAUUCGAAAGUAUAUAUAUAUAGACGACGGGAGUGGAGCGCGCCAGAGAGAGUAUAUAACAUUUGAAGCAAGAUUCAAGAACACACGCUAUAAGAGUUGAUAUAUAAGUUACACAGUUUAAGCUAUAUAAAUAUAUAUGUAUUUAUAUAUAUUUAGUGGCUAAGCGCUGCACCAAGAUCAGAAUGUUUGACGUCGAUGAGGAGGAUUAGAACGCAGCCGAUGUUGGCCAAAAGUUACGUUUAUUCAAUAUGUAUCCUGUGUAUGUAUAUGCAUUGUUUUAGCCCUACUAAAAGAAAAGAAAACGCUCUCUCUGCACCAAGAUCAGAAUGUUUGACGUCGAUGAGGAGGAUUAGAACGCAGCCGAUGUUGGCCAAAAGUUACGUUUAUUCAAUAUGUAUCCUGUGUAUGUAUAUGCAUUGUUUUAGCCCUACUAAAAGAAAAGAAAACGCUCUCUUUAAAGAUCUUUCGCGAGUUUCUAAACUCUUUUCCUACUAAACCUUUUGAUAAAUCCAUUGACUGAAGUUCGAUUCAGUUAAGGAUGUUUAAAAUUUCAGCGUUUGGACACAGAUGUGGCCAGUUAUCUUCACUUAGUCUACAACAACUACGUGCAUAUAUAGUUACAUAGUGAAUAUACAUAUAAAUGAAUAAGUUUCAAGAUAAUUUACACAUGAAAACAAGGUGAAAGUAAACAAUAUGAUGGAUUAUUGUUGUUGAUGUUUCGCGACCUCCCUUCAUCCCUCCCAAAAAAGAUAAAGAAAACCCCCCUCACAAGAAUCCGGCUUUAAACUUUAAACAGAAACUAGAAACAAUCAGCGGAAAAAGUAUGUAAAGUAAUAAUUAUGUUCAGUGUAUUUAGCUAUGUAUUCAAUGUAUUUACAAAUUAAUAUUAUUACGCAACAAAACAAAAAGAAAACCAAGCAAAUGAUUCCAAUAACGAGUAACUCCCCUCCACAUUUUUGUAAGCUUAAGAAUAAAAAUUGGUUACCUUAUUUUGCUCCAUUCAUUGCUGACUUUCAAUUGUUAAAAUGGUUCGAAUAAUAUGAAUAAAAACACACGCAAUCCCAGAGGACAAAGGUGUUUUUUAACUGAAAUUAAACUAUUCUGUUGCUCAAGCUCUGCUCUAUUUUGCAAAAUGAUCUCAUCAUUCAAGUUUAUUUUCGCCUUACGUACAUUCUUGUAUUUGUAUUUUCAAAUUGGCUACAAAAAACAAACAGCAAAGAAGUAAAUAACUAAAACUAUAUAUAUUAAAUAGAUGACAACUCGGCGCGUUAAAUUCAACCACAUCUAUAAAUAGAAAGAAGAUGAAAACUACAAUUAAAUUAACGCAUAGUCUAUGUACAUUUAAAAUAUAACAGAAAUUAUAUUAAAGCAAAAAGCAGAAAAAAUCCACAAAAAUGCUAAAAACAAAAAGAAAGAAAACAAAAAAAGAUAUAAUACAUGUAAUAUUAAUGAACCUAGAUUUACCUUAAAGAUAAACAAAAACAAGGGCAGCUGAACGACCAUGAUAGCGAGAGGAUAUACUCGUCAGCGAGCGGCACAUUAAACAUUGUUAGCGUGUAAAUUGUAAUUUUAUUUAACGAGAAUAUAUAUUUACAUGUAAUACGGAAGUGCGCAACAAUUGUAAGACUAUCAUUUUGUACAAUUUUGCAAUUUAAGUUUAAAAACGAAAAGCUUCAAGCAGUUUGGAUGGAUACUUCCUUUUCUACUUCUUCCUCCUACUCCUAUAUUUUAUUUAUCUUAAAAGUCUAACCGAUAACGCUCAAAAGAAUAUACCCGAUCCGAUCCUUUUUUACCUGUUUUUAUGUUUUUUUUUUGUGUAAUAUUUUGUUUUUUAAGGAUAAACAUUUUUGUAAUAUUUCAAACAUUUACAAGCACAAAGCAUACACGCAUACAAACACAACAUAGACACAGAUACAGAGCAGUAUACUCACAUACAUCAAACACACACCCACGCGCGCACACACACACGCGAUCCUAUAUAACAAGCUGCAACAACAAAUGAGCAAAGUAAAACAUAAAUAAGCAUAAGCGUAAAAGUAAAGAGUAACGAGUAAAAAGUAAACGUAAAAGUAAUGAGUAACGAGACAAAAGAAUAAAAUACUGUUAUUUUGUAAUGUAUAAAAAGGAUAUUUUUAAUAACUGUGAAAGCUAAAUAAAAUUAAAAGCGUAAACAAUUGA